GGGGGCAACCAGCCCACAGCAGGGGCUUGGUCUUGAGGCCCCUUCCAACCCAAACUAUUCUGUGAUUCUAAGUCUCCCAACACGUCCCCAGUCCUCUGCCUGCCUUUGUUGUUCUGGGCUGCUUGAUCUCUCCUUGUGCUAGGUUUGGUAGCAUUGUCACGCUGUGUGGAUUUCCACAGUGUCUGGGGGCUCAGAGUACUCUCUGGGUACAGAAUGAGAAGAUGUGUCAACUUAUGUGUGUGACAAAAGAUGAGAAAGGAAAAGGUGAAGCCAUAUUGGUUUAGCAUUCUCGUGAAGGCUGUCAUUGUAACUGUGAUUAAGUUAUUGGAGCCUUCCAUGGCUGGAGGGCUUAAUGAGUUGAAUCUGAAACUGGACAGGUGUGAAGGGCAAUGUGGGUGAAAUCCCAAAGGGAACCAUUUGUAUGUUAACAGAUGGCUCACAGAACGUGUCACUGUGGGUGAUUUGGCAGUGGAAGUGUUCUAUGGGGUAUUCCGAUUGCUGUCCACCUGGCAUUGCACCCAGCAGCCCUUCCAGUGGUGGAUUGUGUGGGUCCUUGUAAUGCAGCUGCACGUUUCCCAUCCAUCAUGUUUGCAGCAUCUGGCCCCUCUGCUCCCCGGAGCCACCUUUUCUAACCAGCUCUUUUUCUUUGUUUUUCCAUUUCUCUGUUUUGAGCAAGCAAGUCAGGUGACUAUAGGCCCCAGAGAACCUGGUUUCACAAACUUUGUGGUUUGCUGUUUUCUUUGACUCAUAAGUUUCCUUGAAAAUCUUUGUCCCUCCCAAACCUUCUCAGUGGGCAGUGCAGUGUUCUGGCAGCACCUCUCCUGGGGUGCUGGUGCAAAUUGACCUGCGAGUGGUGUAGGCGUGGGUACCAUCAAGCAGAAUUUUUCUGGGUGCCUUUGUGAUCAUUUUACAGAUUGGUGCCCCAGGAAGCCAAUGUAGGGGUGCCUCUCUGUGUCUGAGAGCUGACCCCCACCACCCCAUGCUGGCAUGGCACUGCCAGUGCAGCCACUUGGCAGCAGUUUCUGAGGUUGGAGGUACAGGGCUGAAGAGAAGGGCUGCCCUUUGCCAGCUUUUGCUGAUCAUCCUGGUGGCUCAGGGAACUCCAGAUUUCAUUUUGGGUAGGCUGGUCCCAUCCUAGUUUUCAAGGACCUAGCUUUCACUCUUGCACAGCAUUGUCUCUGUAGCCUAUACUUGAAUGGGGAGGAGCCUUAAACAGCGCCUUUGUGGCAGUUCUGGCUGGCCUCAUGAAGGCUUCUGUUAAGUGGUUGCUGCUUUCCCCCUUUGCUGUAGCCUGGGAAACGCUGCAGCAUUUGAUUGCGUGAGUUUGAGUUGCCAAGAGCCCCAACUUCCCCAGCAGCAGCGUUUGGUCCUUUUCUGUCUCAGCUCUGCUACGAGGUCUGGUGGGCAGAGUACAGAGAGCCUGACAAAGCUAACAGCUAACAAAAUGCCAGCACACACACAGAGGUGGAGCAAAGUACAACUGUGGAGGUGGAGAGGAGUAAAGCCAGGGCUUCCCACUGCACUUGGGAUAAGAGGAAUGACAGCAGCAGUGGCCUCUGGAAUCCAGCUCUGGCUCUCUGAGGGAACCAACCUGGACUCACAUGGGCGAUUGGGGUGACAAUGGCAGGGGCCUGGUUGUAGGGGUAACCUUAGAAAGGGUGAAAGAGCAUACAGAAUCAUCACAGUACUGGGUUGCUCAGGGUUUCUCAGCUCUGUGCACGUGCUGUCAAACUUCUUGGCUUGAAAUGUGAGUGGCUGCUUACCAGACAGUGUUGGUAAAGUUGUCUUGUACAGGCAAAUUGUUUCUCUGCUGAGUCUAACACGUAUCUCUGCACCUUGCCUUUGUCUCUCCAGGUGACCCAACACAGCCAGAACAAACAUCCCCAAAACCACGCUGCAGGUGCUGAGAGCUGCUGUUCUGCUCUGCUUCAACCCUACGCUCAGGGAUGGGACCCACCAGUAUUUGCACUGGAGUUAUGCAAGGAAGCAAGGAAUCCCCUCUGCCCUACCAUCUCUACUGCUGCAUCCCAGCAUGCGGUACAGCUGCUGCAUCGCCCAGCCGGGGACCCUUCCUCUCCCGCCAUCCUGUUCUGUUGCCAGCAGAUUGAGGCCACGGUUUGUUUAUCCCGUGUUCCCCCUGGAUGUGUUAAUAGGAAUGAAAGCAGCAGGCAUCAAAGCUGCAGUGCGGGUGGUUUACAACCACAAGGGAGCUGUGCUUAUCUGCAAAUCUUCGUACAUAAAGGGCGCCUCUGAGCAGAGCUGCUGUGAAGACUAAAGAGCUGGAGAGGACGUUGCAGAGGUUCGGAGGCACACCGUGAUGGUGGGAGCCAUUCCACGGCAGCCACGCCGCUUCUGGGGGGUGCCUGGCUGGCAAGUGUCUUCGGCUAGUUGUGCCAACGACCGCCCACUGUGGGACGGGGAGAUUGAUCCGGAGUGGAGUGGGAUUCUGCUGCAGAGAGGUGAGUGUGGGGGACACAAGACAGGCUGAAGUGGGGGCCAUCAUGGAGUGGCUGAGGUCUGUGUCCAUUUGGCCCAACCCCAGUUCAAGCAGGGACACACAAAGCAUGUUGCCCAGGACUGCCCAGCUUUUAUAGAUCUGCAGAGAUCUACAACCUCAUCUUCACAAUAACAAAAAACUUCAUAGUGUUCAAACAGAGCCUGAUGUACUUCGGUUUGUACCCACUGCCUCUUGUCCUGUCACUGGAUGCCAGCGGAAAGAGCACUGUCCUCUUCCCACCAUUCCUUCAAGUUCUUAUAGGUAUUGAUGAGAUCCCCUCUGAACCUUCUCUCCAGGCUGAAUAGUUACAGCUCUCAGCCUUUCUUCAUAGGAGAGGUGCCCUAUUCUCUUAAUGAUCUUUGUGGCCAUUUCCUGAUCAUUUCAGGAGCAGCCUCACCAGUGCUGGGCAGAGGGAAAGAGUCACAGCCCGGGUAUACCAUUAGCCUUCUCUGUGGCAAGGGUGCACCAUUGGCUCUUAGUCAACUUGGUGUCCACCAGGAUAUCUGAGGGCACUCUCUGUAAAGCUGUUUUCCAGGUGGUUGUCCCCCAGCAUGUACUUGUGCAUGCUUUCAUUGUUUCUCUUAAAAGAAAUUUCCUGGGCUCAACCACCUUGGCCUGGCACCUUUCCUUCAAUAUCAUAGUAGGAGUCAAAAUACCACUUGUGGUCUUGUCUCCAAAUGGCCUUCACCUGCUUGAAGAAUUACUUCUCUUGAAUGUCUGCCCCUAAGCCUUUGCUCCAGAGGAGCAGAGGCAGCUGUGGAGACAGGCAAAGGGCAGAGCUACCAGGUGUGGGCUGUUUGUAGGCUGUUAGGCAAUGGAGCUCCUUGGCACACCACUGAUUUUUAUGCAGACUUCUCAUCUCUCUGUCUCUUGCAGACAUUUCAGGGUUUAUCAAUCAGACAGCUUGGAUAUAAAUAAAAAUCAAGGCCUUGUGCAGCUUGAAGGUGGUUGACUCCUCCAGACAUGCAAGGAUGGGUGAUAUGGAUAGUACAGGGGUGGAUGGAUGGUGCAGGAGUCCAUGGUGGUCUCUGCAACCCCUGGUGCUAUUGAGUUGCUCAUCCAUGUGGUUGAGGACUCUGGUCCAAGCUAUCAGAGCUAGCUGUGAUAAUUGUUUAGGUUCCUCUGGAUUACACAGGCAGGUUCCCAUCCCUGCUGUGGAGCUGGCAGCCUGAGACAGCCUGCGUCCUUUGGCGCAUGCGGCUGGCACAGGUUUUCUUGGCAAGGACUCACAGAUUUGAUUGCUGGUGCCCCGACAGGGUGGUCACAGUCCUGAGCCCCUGAGACUGGUCUGACCUACCUUACUCCUGCACUCCAGAGCAGUAUGAGAACGUCAGGUCCCCAGCAGAGGGCAGACCCUCUUCUCCUUGCUUGUACAGACUUGUCCACAAUAGCCUCCAGUCCCGCUGGAGAAUCCUCUCUGUGUCCAGGCCAGGAGGAAAGCGCUGAUCCUGCAGGUGAGUGAUGCCACAGGGUUCUCUGGAGAAGCCACAUUGUGCUGAUUGCUCCUUCCGUCCCAGAGGAGAGCUGCCUGCCUCCCAGCAGGGCUGGAAAGCUGGACAAGGACCAUGAUCUUGCCUGACCUCACUCCUUUCUCUUUCUAGAGCCCCAUACUGGGGGGCUCACCUGGACAUCCUGAGCAAGAGGUCCUGAUCCUGCCCUCUCAGCAUCACCUGUGGCACUUUAUUGUCCCCUUCCUGCUGCUGCAUGGGCUGUCCUGACUCCAACUCCACGUGGAGUCCAGCCAAGUAAGGCUCCAUGCGGCACAUCCACACAGAGACGUCCCUGCCCCCGGAGCGCAGCACUGACUCCAGCCUGUCCCGCCCCAGUGGAGAGGCAGCCUUGGAGCCUUCCUCACAACACUGUGCCCACCACGGCAUCCUCAUGGGCUACAACGAGACAGAGAUCAAGCGCCAGAAGGUUUACCAGGUCUCCAUCUUCUCCCAUCUCUCCAGCUCCUCCGAAAGCACGGAGCAACGAGCAGGCAGUCAUCCGACUCUCAAGAGGGGCUACCCUGAGCAGCGAACUCCAGAGGGGGUGCGGGAUCCCAAACGAACUCAUUGGGGUGGUGGGGUGGACAGCAAGCGUGAUGGGGGCUUGGGGCAGGCUGCCCUGGAGGACGAUGAUACCUUUGAGGAUGGUCUGCUGGUGGACGAGCUCUCUCUGUGUGGCUCUGCCCAGCACUUCUCCCACAGUGGGCUGCAGGUGGUGGAGCACCGGUGUGUGAGCAGUCCCAGUCCUAAGGCCAAUAGAGAGGACAAGCCGCAAGAUACCUCCUCCUUCUGGCCACAGCACAUUGCUUGCAGUACUUUGCACACAAGAGAUAGUUGCCCGGUCCCACCGGGUAAUCAGCUUGCAGACUGCUGGGAGAAUGGGGAGAGAAUGAGUGACCACAACCUACCUGACCUUGAUUUGCACAAUAUUGCACAAAAGCCCCAGCUGGACUGUGGUGGGAGGGGAGAGAAGCCAGGCAGCAGCCCCGCUCACAGCUGCAGGGCUGGCGAAGCAGAGGAAUGGCCGGUGGUGGCUAAUGGGUGCAAGGAGCCUCUAGCCCCACAGAUGUUACUCAGCCCUGAGCCUAGCAACCUGAGCUCCCAGGAAAAGACACCCUGUGGGAACAGCAGCAGCAGCAGCUGCCCAGCCAAAAGGAAGUUGCUGCCGGCUGGUGAGAUUGUGGCUGACUCGUGCUCCGAGGAUGAGAGCCUAUCCCAGCUGGUGAAGAAGAAGAGAGCCCUGCCAUGCCACCCAGUGCCCACAGCCUGCCGCAGCACGGAUGCCAAGGGAGCUCCUUUCUGGAAUCACCUGCUUCCCACAGCCAAGAGCUCUGCAGAUUGCACUACGGUCGGAAGGAGGCUGAAGAGUGGGCUGCGCCUCAAAUCGCGACAUCUUCGGAGCAGCCUCCGGAGAGGGACUCGUUCCUCUGCAUCAUCCUGGGCCACCACCACUGUCAGCCAUGCUCUGCUGGGCAAUUUUGAGGAGUCCAUCCUGAAAGGGCGCUUUGCACCAUCGGGGCGCAUCGAGGGGUUCACUGCAGAGAUCGGUGCCAGCGGCUCCUACUGCCCGCAGCAUGUCACCCUGCCCGUGGACGUCACCUACUUCGACAUCUCCGAGCACAGCGCGCCCUCGCCUUUCCUGGGAGUGAUUGACUUGGAGGCCUUGGGAAAGAAGGGUUACAGUGUUCCUAAAGCUGGAACCAUACAAGUGACCUUAUUUAACCCCAACAAGACUGUGGUGAAGAUGUUCUUGGUGACAUAUGACAUCCAGGACAUGCCUGCCAAUCACAUGACCUUCCUACGCCACCGCAUCUUCCUGGUGCCUGUGGGGAAAGAGAAAGGGGCCACUGUGUCAUGCAGCGAGCCACCAGGCACCGGCCCACCCCGCAGGGUCCUCUGCUACCUGAUGCACCUGAGAUUUCACAGCUCCAAGUCUGGGAAGAUCUACCUUCACGACAACAUCCGGCUGCUUUUCUCACGCAAGUCAAUCGAGGUCGACUCGGGGAUCCCAUAUGAACUGAAAUCCUUCACGGAGAUGCCAAGAAACCCUCGCUACUCACCCUGGCCCUGACCUCCCUUGCUCAGGGCCACCGAGCAGUGCCCAGCCCAGUGCUUUGGGGAUCAUUGAGUAAAGGAGAGACCAAGCGCAGCCGCCUUGAAGUGUCCCCAACCCUACGCACCCAUCCUCCUGAGCAGCACUGAUGUCACAGCUGUGCCCUGGGGCAGAGCUGGCAUCACCAAAGGGGAUUUAUGAGGAGGGGCAGGGGCUGGGGAGCACCCCAGGGCUGCGCCCAGGACUUUCGAAAGCUGGGAGGUGUGGCUGGAGCUGAGGGGGAGGGCUUCUCCCAACCUGCACCCGGCCCUGGGUUGGGAGCAGAAAGUUCAAAAGUUUGUAUUUAUUAGUAUUUAUUGUCAUAGGGGUGCGGAGGUGUUGGAGAUAUGGUUCCUGGGAGGGGGCAGCCAGGGCGAUGGGGAUGAGGGCAGGGGUGAACGACGAGCCUGGAGGGUCAGCCAAGAGUGGGCACCAACUCCACGUGGCUGAAACAUCACUGCGCGUAUCGGGGCGCCAGCCAUCGGCCGGAAUGACACGGAGCGGGGCUGCGGCCCUUCAGGGGCCGAGUAGAACUCCCCCAGGUCCUGGCCGUCCAUCACGGCCAGGUGACGAGCGGCCCCUGCCCUUCGCCCCAGCACCCCGCUGGCCCUUCCCUGCAGCACCCCAGGGCCCGGGGUUCGCCCCGCGGCACGCCGUGCUGGGGCCCCGCCCGCAGCGCAGUAGCGGUACUUCUGUGUUGGUUUCUAUUUAAUAAACGUUUGGAAACGCA